GUUAUCAUCUUAAUAAAAAUUUUAAUCUAUUAAGUGGUGAGAUAUCCUUGUUUGCAUCUGCAGAAGAUUAUGAUCUAACAAAAAGUGAUGAAGAGGAAUGCAGUAGUGGACAAAAAAUUGAUAUUAUUUGGACAACAAUGCCAAAGCUUGAAUUUGCUAUUGGUGAAGUUAGUGGUCCUCCUAACCAGCACCAACAUCCACACUUUUUUGGAGAUAAGCUCAAGAUUGCCAAAAUGUUAAAAGUAAUGUUGGAUAGGAUAGUGCAAAUGUAUGGUGGUAUUGGUGAUAGUUUAAGUUUACUGAAACUAUAUGGCUUACAAAUUUAUAAUCAUACUGCAUUUGUCUAUGAAAUGACUGUGCCAUAUAAAGGAUUAUAUCUGUAUAGAGAAGUUCUGCAUUUCCAGUUACCAAAAAAUCAUAUUAAUGUAGUAUUGUUGUAUCGAUGU